GCCGUCACGGGCGUCUGCUUCAGCCAGGGCGUCGCAUGGUUCGUCAAUGCCACCCUCAACAUCCUUACCGACUUUAUGAUCCUUAUCCUCCCGUUACCGAUCUUGCCCAAGAUUAAGCAGUCUCGCCGGCAGAAAAUUGGGCUAUACCUCAUCUUUGCGCUCGGUUUCUUCAUCUGCGUCGUCUCCAUCCUCCGAAUACCCUCUCUCAUCGUCGCAAAAUCCUCACGCGACCCAACACUAGACAGCCCAGGCAUAGCAAAAUGGUCAGUCGUGGAACUCAAUACAGCGAUCGUCUGCGCCAGCCUCAUCACCCUCAAACCUCUCGCCAUGCGAUUUUUCCCGCGCAUGCUGGGUCCCAACCGCGGCGACAUCGGCCGACAGCGCGGUCCCGGGUCCGAAGAGAUACCCGCGACCGUCGGGUCCAAAGAAGCGCGAAACGGGGGAGCAAAGCACGGCCACGCGCGGGCGGUGUCCGGCGGCAGCACCAUUCAAUUGUAUCAUGAUACUUUUGGCGGGGAUUCCGUGAUGCAUACGCAGCAUACGCAGAGCUCGCGACUUACUUCUGCGGGGACGUCGGAUCUGGAACAGGGGAUGAAGGGGUCGGCUGUCGAACUUGAAGGAGAUUUGGCGAUACGGACGGAUAAAGCAUGA